AACUGUAAUUCCACCGAGACGCUUUAAAAACCCGCGUAUGUGGGAACAGGAAGGAGAAAUAAUCUGGUUAUUUUGUCUUUAAUGGGGCGGGGCUAAUCCGCCGCACACUCCUUUCCUCGCGCAUUCACAUAACUUUACUGGAGAGAGCGCGGGGCUCCACAAAACGCUGCGCUGAGCCUUCGGAUAAGAAGCUGGUCACCCCCCCUACCCUCCCGGCCAAAGGAAAUGAAGAGGAGGAUCCAUAAGAAAUACUUGAUUUUGAUUCUGGCAUAUUCAGGUUUACUUCUGCUAAUCCCGUACGUGUUAGAUUACCGGGAUAAAUCCGUUCAACACGCGAACCAUGGGCUGCCGCGGCAACAGUCCAGAUGCCCAGAUUUGGAGAACACAGUGGCGCUGCUGUGGGAUAACGGUUACAAAGUCAACGGCAGCGACACGAUGGAGUACGCCGUCAACAGGAGCCAGUCCCGGAUACACAUCUAUCUGCAUGCCACCUGGAGGACUGGCUCCUCGUUUCUGGGGGAGUUGUUCAACCAGCACCCCGAUGUUUUUUACCUGUACGAGCCGAUGUGGCACAUAUGGCAGGCUCUGUACCCGGGGGAUGCGGGCAGUCUCCAGGGCGCAGUGCGGGACAUGAUGAACGCCCUGUACCGCUGCGACUUCUCCGUCCUCAAACUUUACGCCGGCACGCAGAACAUCACCACCUCGUUCAUUUUUGGCUGGAAAAUGAACAAGGUGAUCUGCUCGGAGCCGCUGUGCGAUGCACACAAGCGGCACGAAAUCGGGCUGGUGAAAGAGGACCAGUGUGCGAAGUGCCAGAAGAGGGACAUUAGGGAGCUGGAGAGGGAGUGCAAAAAAUACCCCGUGAUGGUGAUCAAAGGAGUCCGCGUUUUGGACCUGAGCACGCUGGUUCCUUUGAUGAAAGACCCGGCGAUCAACCUCCAGAUCAUUCAGCUCUUCAGAGACCCGAGGGCCGUGCACAACUCGCGCUUGAAGUCCAAGCAGGCCCUGGUGAAGGAGAGCAUCCAGGUGCUCAGGAGUAAGAAGCAGACCGACAAGUACAAGCGGCUGCUGGUGCCGAGCAACAGGGUGAACCGGGCUGAGAGCUACGUCUCCAGCGCCAUGGAGCUCAUCUGUGACAACUGGCUCAGUGACAUGAUGCUGGUGAUGAACGCACCCCCUUGGGUGAGGAGGAACUACCACCGCAUCCGCUACGAGGACCUGGUCCUGCACCCCAUGGAGGAGCUCCAGAGGCUUUACCGCUUCUCCAACCUCUCCACCUUCCCUGCUUUGGAGAAGUUUGCCCUGAACAUGACGCACGGUCAGGGGUAUUCCUCAGACAAGCCCUUUCUGAUAUCGUCCAGGGACGCGAAGGAGGCUAUAUAUGCGUGGAGGGAGCGGCUCAAUGUGGAGCAGAUAAAUCAGGUGGAGGCCUACUGCAGCGAAGUUAUGAGGCAGCUCGGGUAUCAGAAAAACAGCUUGGACAAAGCGACAUGAGGAUGUGGCAGGAUGAGUCGAUGGGUUAAAGGGGCCUGGUUUUCAGGGCUGAGGGCAAAAGGUGGAAUAAGAAAACAAGCAGCUGGAAUGUGGUCCAGUGGGAGUUCUCAAGCAUCAGUCUCGGGUUGUUUUUCUUCAGCCGAGCCGGGUCGACGAACUGGAGAAAAUCCAAGUGGCAAGAGCAGCCAAUCAGAAACAGAUGAGUUUGAAACAGGAAGAAGGCAGGUUAUUUUUUUAGUGUUACCUGGAUAACACCAGGAAGGGCCCGGGCGUAUAGAAAGAAUGUGGGGGGGGGGAAAUAAACAAGAACAGAGAGAUGGGACUGGUUGGUGCUGCCGUUACGCUGACCAGUCUCUGUCCUCCUGUCCUUUCAGCAGCACUAAUCCCUCCUCAAAUCCUCUGCAGGCGAGGGCCAUAAAAAGCCCAAGAAGGGUCCUUCUCUGGAGACGACUGCCAGGGUCCAGGGUGGCAGCUCUCACCUGCGUGACUUAUCCGUCCAGCCUAGGACUCAGUGUGGCAGUAAUCUCGGGCGUUACUGACACUUAACAGCAGUUUGCUCACUAACAGUGCUAAUGUAGAGGUUUGAAAGGAGAAACUACAGUAUUUUCUGGAAAAGAGGCCGGGCUCAGGGACGGCUGUUCCACCCCCGGCCCCUCAGGAAUCCAGACAGCUGCAGCGCCCCACUGACAAAACACUCACAUGGGUGUGAAAUUGUUGAAUAUCCCAUGGACGUGUCUUGGAGAUCUGCCUCUGUCUUUUGCCAAUGAUCUUGUCACAAACACAAAACACGGUACGGAUUCAGAUUGUAUAGCAUUCUUACUGUUUAUAGUUUUUGUCUAAAAUAUUGUAAAAUGCUGUAAUAUCCCUCUGGUUAAGGAAGUGUUGAGGAGGGGUAAAAUACUUACCAGCAUCCAUGUGUUCAACUUUAGAAGUUGGUUCUGUAAUAAUUGUUCUGGGUGGAAUACCUGAAACCUUCUAGUGAAAGACAGAAAUAACUUUUAGACUAUUUAAACUUUAAACUGUAAUAAAGUUAGUAAAACUAGAAAAGUGUCUCUUGUAGAAAAUAGGUGUGAGUUCUGUUCGGACUGAAGCUGAUUGCUGUGAUUUUUCAUUAUAGAUCCAGAACAUGCAUAUCAUCAUAAUGAGCUUACAGGUGAUCAGUGUGCUUUCGUGGGCAUUUUCCUAAUUGGAAUGGAGCUGAGUCAGACAGAAUGGGCCUCCAUGGAUUAAAUGUAAUAUGUGACCCAUGAUCAGGACCCGAUAGACUUUAAUCCAGUACAAACUCCAACUGUUCAUGUCCUCAGAAUGAAUUCAUGUACGACUGAUCAGUGGGAUAUAAUCAGCAUUUUGAAUUCAGUCAGUGGAGUUUGUUCUUUGGCUGCAAUAGAAAUAUAAUAGAUAACUGUGGGGAUUGUGUUCAAAUAUGAAAAACUCAUGAAGUCUAACAGUUAUCGAUAAGAAAAGCCAUGUGGAGCAUCAAUAGAUAUUUACACACAAUCUGACACAUGAAUUGUCUUGGUUGGAUUAAAACUAGGAGUUAACAAAGAGCAGAAGUGUCAUUAAAAAGAUGCGAAAGCUCAUCAAACGUAAUUGUAUUCAGGUUUUACAGAAAUGCAGGAAACUGCGUGGAAUUAUGCAGAUAUCAGUACAUUAAAAGGCAAGUGAAGAAUAAACAGUUUGACUUACAGGUCAACAAAAAAACAAGAAAAUAAGGAAACCUCUGACGGCUUCAUAGCACAAAGCAAAACAAACUGGGUGGCUGAUCAUUUUUAUUAACAUGUUGACAUGCAAGCCAUGGCAGGUACGUCCUGGCAGCCAGCUGCUACUACGAACAACAGGUCCACAUACUGACA